GUCUACAUGACAUUCAACAAUCCAAGUGUCAUCCGUUAUCCUUGGUUCAAUGGAGUUGCCUUUAGAACAAGGAAUGCUAAUGGCGUCAUCAUGCAGAUCUUGCUUAAUUCAGGAGAUGUCACCAUUCAGGUCAGUCACAUGUCACCAUUCAGUUCAGUCACCAUUCAUAUCAGUCAAAUCACCAUUCAGUUCAGUCACCAUUCAGAUCAGUCACAUCAACAUUCAGUUCAGUCACUAUUCAGGUCAGUCACAUGUCACCAUUCAGGUCAGUCACAUGUCACCAUUCAGGUCAGUCACAUGUCACCAUUCAGGUCAGUCACAUCACCAUUCAGUUCAGCCACCAUUCAGGUCAGUCACAUGUCACCAUUCAGUUCAGUCACCAUUCAGGUCAGUCACAUCACCAUUCAGUUCAGUCACCAUUCAGGUCAGUCACAUGUCACCAUUCAGGUCAGUCACACGUCACCAUUCAGGUCAGUCACAUGUCACAAUUUUGGUUAGUCACAUUUCAUAAGGAUACUUAAACAUUAUUACUAAUGACAAACAGAAAUAUUUUUUCCUGUUGUUCUUUCAAAAACUUCUAUGGCACUGUUGCAUACAAUUUUUAAAAAUCUAUACAUGAGAUCUUGUUGUAACAACAAAAACUUUAAGUGCUAACAUCCUUUGACUAAUUCGGGAUUAAAUAAUUUCUUAACAAUGUUUAAAAAUUAUACAAAUAUGUAAUUAAGUUUUUUUUCCCUCAUAGACAUUGAAUUGUAAUACCCAUUAGUUAUUAAAAGUCAUCAGAGCUAUAAUUGAUGAUUUCAGAUUGUUGAUGGUAUUAUACGAUAGAGCUACUUGACUAUUGUCCUUAUACUGGACAAAGUUCGUGUGGAUGAUGGACAGUGGCACUAUUAUGAAGUCAGGUGGUUUGAAAAAGGUGCCAUUGACUUGUUCUUGGAUUACGAACAGUAUAAGUGGGUGAGUUUAAAAAACUAAGUGUAGUGAAAACAUGAGAUAUUUCCAUAACAGUAUAAGUGGGUGAGUUUAAAACUUAGUGUAGUGAAAACAUGAGAUAUUUCCAUAAAUAGUAAGUUUUAACGCUAUGUGUUGGAAAAAAAAAAGAGACAUAUUCAUGACCUGCUUAGUUUACAAGUUAGUUUACAACCAAAUAAAAAAAUGAACAAAUUUUUGUACAUAAAUGAACAUAUUUUUGUACAAAGAAGCAUAGUUUGGAAGUAUCUUUCCAUUAAUAUUUGUAAGCAUCUAUCUUUACUAAAGUUUGCUGAUUGAAAGUAAUUUGUUUAUAAAAAACAGUUUGAAUUGAACAUAGACUAGAUAUUGAUUGAACCUUGUACCAGACCAGGAGGGACUUCAUGGAUUAUUUUUAAUUUUCUGAAAAUUAAAUUGUUUGUAGGUAUAUUUUUUUUAAAUCGCUCGUCUUGUUUGUGGAGCAAAUCAUCGGAAGCAAACAGCAUAGUUAAAAUGGCUGUUGUGAAACAAUUUCAGAAAUUUCAAAAUGUCACAACUUCAAUUAUGGGUAAAGAUGUCACUCUGAUAUACGUGGGAGCGUCCAGAGACGGCAACAAACCGAUGGCCAAUUUCUUGACUGGAUGUUUUAAGGUAGGACGUCUUGGUGGACUUGCCGUUAAUGAUUGAGUCUCUCAUGCGGUGCUUGUGGCUUGUAUUUUUACAAGGAGUGGGUUUGUCUUGUUUGUUUUUUACUAUUUAUAGAAGCUCUUUAUUUUUGUAAUGUAGUGUCAAUGAAUGGAAUCUAAGAUGAUCUGUGCAUGUAUGGAUAUAAAAGGAUAGCUGCAAAGUUAUUUUUUAAAUUUCAUUUUGCUAGAUAUUAAAGGAAGCAUAUGUAUAUAUAUGUUCAAAUUUGAUGAACGCUAAAGAAGGGACCUUAUAUAUAUAUAUAAUAUAGGAAGCUAACACAAAUGCAUGUAACUGCAUAUUGUAACAUACAUAUGUCGAUGUUUCAUUUAGGGUAUUAAAAAAAAAACACCUGCAUUUUAGUACUAAGUAGAAAUUUCAGUACUUCGUAGCUGGUAUGAUGGUGGUCUCAGGGUGGGCAACUCUGCGCAGUCUUUUCUCCAGAAUCCUAUAGAACCUACUGUUGACCAAGGCUGCACGGGGAGCCCUGUGUGUACUUCUAGUGUGUGUGGUGUUGGUCAGUGUGUUGAUGAGUGGAACAAUCACAGCUGUCUGUGCCCUGCAGGUCAGUCUAAUGUGUGUGGAGUUGGUCAGUCUAAUGUGUGAGGUGUUGAUCAGUAUCUUUACCCUCCAGGAACUUUGUGUACAUGAGUUGCCUCCAGUCAUCAAACAUUGAGUCUAUUGAUCAUACCUGUACUUGAUAUAGUAUUAUUGUGACUAUACACUUGUAUUUUUAGAAACUUUCAUCUUUCAAUUAAAUUGACCAAACAAAAUUGUAUCGUAUUCACAAUACAAAUACACAGCCUAAAAUGCUUUAAAUUUUCUCAGAAAGGUGAAAAGUUCAAACUUUUAGAAAAAUGAGUCUUUUAAUGUAGAUAAUAUUUUUCAAUAUUUUAGGAAACACUGGCCCCCAGUGUCUGGAGAUAUGUACGAAUUUCAACCCCUGUAAAAACUGGGCUGAAUGCAAACAGCCAUUGCAGGGACAAAACACAUACACCUGCGAAUGUGGUAUGCGGCAAAGUGGGAAGUACUGUGAGAAUCAGGCACCUGCGACCUGUCCGGCAGGCUGGUGGGGUAAACCCAUCUGUGGACCUUGUAACUGUAAGGCGGAUAAAGGAUUUGGACAGACAUGUAACAAAGACAAUGGGACAUGUGCCAGUAAGGUGAGAUUAGGUGUGAAUAUCUGGGACAUAAGCCUGUAAGGUGAGAUUAUGUUUGAAUAUCUGGGACAUUUGCAUGUAAGGUGAGAUUAGGUUUGAAUAUCUGGGACAUUUGCAUGUAAGGUGAGAUUAGUUGUGAAUAUCUGGGACAUGUGCCUGUAAAGUGAGAUUAGGUGUGAAUAUCCAAAUAUUAAGAAUUUUAGUCAAGCCAAACUCUAAUUUUCACCUGCCCUGUUAAUGCAUUUCUCUCUAAAUUGUUCAUGUUUUUUAUUCCCAGACACUGCAUUACCUACUUCCCAACAGUGAUACCUGCUAUCCACGUGACUGCUAUAAGCUGGGCUCUAAGGACAUGACUUGUAACCCGGCAACAGGUCAAUGCAACUGUUAUGAAGGGGUCAUAGGUCGCCUGUGUGACACGUGUGACAGCAUAUUUGCUGCUGUGGUCAAGACUACCAAGAAAGUCAAUGACACGGCCUACCAGGAUGUGGUGACUUGUGUUGGUGAGUUCAUACAUUUUUAGUUAUAUACAAUUGUUAUGUGACAGCAUAUUUGCUGCUGUGGUCAAGACUACCAAGAAAGUCAAUGACACGGCCUACCAGGAUGUGGUGACUUGUGUUGGUGAGUUCAUACAUUUUUAGUUAUAUACAAUUGUUGCUGCAUAAUGUUAUGUUAUUGAGCGAAAGGGUUACGCCACUAUAUGAAAUGUUAUUGAGGUUGCGGGCUACACCAUUAAAUAGUGUAUGUUAAUUAGGGUACAGGCUAUGCCAAUAAAUAAUGUAUGUUAUUGAGGGUAAGGGUUACACCAUUAAAUAAUGUAUGCUAUUGUGUGUCUAUGAUUGAUGUAAAAAUAUAUUAAAUUGUUUUUAAUUCUUAAUGUACCAAACUAAUGUUGAGUAAUGCUAUAUGUCGAUCUCAAAUGUAGUCUUACACCUCCCUUAGAUUAUGAAAUAAACUAAACAUUAUGUAUUAAUGUGCACUGAAGAGGUUAAAAUAGUUUUUUGGUUUGUGUGAUGUUUGAUAUGCUUACAUUUCUUUUUUCAUGAACAGUUUUUUAUGAAGAGUGUCCUAGAAAUUAUGCAGGAGGAAUAUGGUGGGACCAGAUCAGGUUUAAUUUGGAAGCCCAACAAGACUGUCCAGAAGGGGCCACUGGUCAGUCAAUAAAUAGCUGAUCAUUAUAACUUGUUUUAAGUUUUUUUCCUUUCAUUUAACUGAACCAAGCUCAGUUUGACAUGAUCAAGUUUGACAUAAUAACAUAAACUUUUCUUUUAACUGUUGUGCUUUUUUAAUAAAUAGCUGAUCAUUAUAACUUGUUUUAAGUUUUUUUCCUUUCAUUUAACUGAACCAAGCUCAGUUUGACAUGAUCAAGUUUGACAUAAUAACAUAAACUUUUCUUUUAACUGUUGUGCUUUUUUUAAUAAAGUUUGAAAACUUAACAAAUGUUUACAUUUGAUAAAUGAUUUAUUGUCCAAAAAAGCUUAAAUAUUUAUUCAAAAAAAAAAAAAAGUGGAAGACACUUUGGAAAUUACUUUAAGCUUUACCUACACAAGUUGACAAUAUUCAAAUUGUACAAUGACCCCCUUAAAACUUAUCAAUUAAUUUUUGGGGAGGAUUGUAUCUAUAGAUCUAAUCCUUUGGACGCCUGUAGUUUAUAAAAUAUUGAUAGCAAUCAUCAAGACUCAAAGCCAAAAACAGCAAAACUUUGUUUCUGUCUUACACAGGCACGGCCAAAAGAAAAUGUACAGAGAAGCAAAGCUGGGCAGAGCCUGACUUGUUCAGUUGUACAAGUAACAGUUACUUAUAACUUAAUGAAACAGUAAGUACAAGUAACAGUUAUUUAAAGCUUAAUGAAACAGUAUGUACAAGAAAUUGUUGUGCAAGUAACAGUUACUUACAGUUUAAUAACACUAAGUACAAGUAAUAGUUGAAAAUGUAACAGUUACUUACAAGUUAAUGAAAUAAUAAACACAUGUAAUACAUUUUGACAUAUUGUUAUCAGAAUUGUGAGUUUGUGAGAGUCAUGAUUGUUGAAUUUCUUUCAUUUUUAGUGAUGAAAAUAAAAAAAGUAUUCUCUGUCUUGACAGGUGAAAGAUUUUGAGUCAGGUAAAAUCAACCCAUACAUUGCAGACUACACCCUCACUCUACUCAAGAAUGUUUCAUACACAACAACCCCCAUCUAUGGUGGGGACAUCAUGAUGGUCUACCGUUUCACUAACGUCACACUCAGCUAUGAGAUCUCUCAGACAGGACUCAGCCUGAUCAGUCAGCAGUAUAGUGACUUUGUUCAGGUAAGGAUGCCUCUAUGACAUUUGAAAUUCUUGAUAUUCAUUUCUUCUCUUUUGUUUGAACAACUAAAACGUGCUUAGAUUUCAGCAUGUUCAAUUUUAAUUAUUGAAACUCAGAUUGCUUACUGAAAACUUGGAAAAAAAAUCUUGAAAAAUUAUACUAAAAAUAUCCUUUCAAAAAUGCUUUAAAAUGUGUUGUACCACUUCACUUAGAUAAUGGCAUGUGUUGUAUCACUUCACUUAGAUAAUGGCAUGUAUACUGUACCACUUUUGCUGUAGGUCUUGACAUCUGAUUAAAGUCUUUAUUGUCUAGGAAUAAAUGGCUGUACACAUGGAAUGUGCAAGAAUUUGUAUGCAUCGCUUGUAAUCAAUAUUCAUUGCUGAGUAUAAUUUCAUGGUUUCCAUAUUUUAAUUUAAUUUCAAUCUACUUAAAAAUCUUGAACCUUCUUUAAUUAAAAUUCAUUUUUCUCUGUCAGAAACUUUUGGUAGUGCUGCGUAACGUGGCAGAUGAAAAGUACUCUCGCUACUGGCAGCAGGUUGGCAAGCUGACAGGAGGCGCCACUCAUCUUAUGAAUUUGUUUGAGAAAUUUGUGGCCAAGACUGUGGAACUGUUACCCCAAGCCCAGUGAGGAACAUUUGAAGCUGUGUCUGAUGAUAUGGGUAAGAUCAUGUGCAUCUUUUUCAAUCAUUUUAACCUUCUAUAGGCAGCAAAGUUUAUGUCAUUAUAUUUUUUAAAGUGAUAAAUUUGAAACACCGUUAGCUGCAGAUAGAAAAUAUGUAAUUUAAAACUUUUGUUUUUAAAAAAUUACAAAUACUGAGCAACCCUAGGAAAAUUAAAAUUGAUCAUUAUUCACCAAAUCUCUGAUUUAUUUAUCAUUUCAGUUCUUGGAGCUGAUUGGUUGAAUCUGCACAAUUUUAGUGGGGCAACAAUACCCAAAUAUGACAACAAUGUGAAAAAGGGCUCAAUAGACAAGGAGGCUUCAGUGACAUUUCCACCAAGUUUGUUCUCACUUCCUGUUACAAGUAAGUAAUUUAUAACUUGAUGUGAGUCACCCCGUUCUCCACCCCCUGCUAGAGGUAUCCAGAAGCCUACUUUGGUUAUAUAAUAUAAUAAUUAUAUGACUCUAUUGUUCCAGGUGUUGGGCAUGCCUCAAGCUUGGAGGUAUCCAAAGCCUACUUUGGUUAUGUAGUGUACAGAGACCUUGGCAAACAUGUCAGCAUGAACACAGAUGACACCAUACGGUAGUUUAAACUUUGAUAUAUUUUACUUUCGUUAUCAGGAUUUUUACAAAUAAAUUCUACGUUUAUUUGUCACAUAAUGUGCUACCACCGUAAAACUUUGAUGGUGAAACUAGUAAUAUUUUGUAAUGGGAUUAGUCUUGCUACAUUAAGGUGACUGACAAAGUCCCCCUCAAACAAUGGCACAACCUUUUGAUCCAUUCUUUUUUAAGUAAUCAAAUAUUUUCAUUAUCUAUAAUUAAUGCAUUGUUGUUCUUGAAAGUUGAAAUCACUUUUAAAUUGAGAUGAACUCUUGCCAAUGUUUCUAAAAGUUAACCUAAGUGAGAGGCUGCAAGCAGCUCAAGACUUUUAAGUUAAUAUAAAAUGACAACUUGCAGUGUAGUUUCUUUUUUUCUUCAAAAAUAUACUGACAUAUGAAGAAUCUCUGUGAGAUAUCUGUGAAUGUUUUUCAAAUCCUAACAUUUUCUUUAACAAAUUAUUAAUUUAUUGGGGAUUGAAAUGAUGUGAUUGUGUAAUUCAUUGUCAGUAUUAUCUUUGUCAGUCGCACAGGCAGACCCAUGACAGUAAAUGGCCCGAUCUUCUCAUUGGUUGUUGCUGACAAGGAG